UGCAGUAAGUAAAGUGGAGAGUGGAAAAGCCUUCGGUGGGCAGCAAAGUUCCUCUUUUCCCUUCUUUUUUUGUUGACAUUCAAUCUAAAGUUUUGAUCUUGAGUGGAUUUUCUGCUGUUUUUACUCUGGUUUGAGCUUAAAGAUCGAUUCUUUUAUUCAUUUUGUGAAUGCCCAUUUGAACAUUUAAACUAAAGUUCUGGUUUUGAGUGAAUUUUUCAUCUGUUUUUAGUCUGGUUUGAGCUUAAAAUUUGGUUUUUUGAUCAUUUGUUGAGCACCCUACUAGAGUUUCAAAGGCAAAAAAGCCAAAAUUUUUAAGCUAUGGCAGAACCAAAACCUGAGGAAAUAAGCCACCCACCAAUGGACCAACUUCAAGGCCUAGAGUACUGCAUUGACUCAAAUCCUUCUUGGGGAGAAGCUAUAGCUUUGGGGUUUCAGCAUUAUAUUUUGGCCUUAGGAACUGCUGUGAUGAUCCCUUCUUUUCUUGUCCCUUUGAUGGGAGGAACUGAUGAUGAUAAAGUAAGAGUGGUUCAGACACUGCUAUUUGUUGAAGGGAUUAAUACACUUUUACAAACACUGUUCGGAACUCGACUACCUACCGUUAUUGGCGGUUCUUAUGCCUUCAUGGUUCCCAUCAUAUCAAUAAUUCAUGAUACUUCUUUGCUGAGUAUUGAGGAUAACCAUAUGAGAUUUCUAUAUACUAUGAGAGCUGUCCAAGGUGCACUAAUAGUAGCAUCAAGCAUACAAAUUAUCUUGGGAUACAGUCAAAUGUGGGCUAUUUGCACCAGGUUCUUUAGCCCCCUUGGAAUGGUUCCGGUUAUUGCACUAGUUGGCUUUGGCUUGUUUGACAGAGGCUUCCCUGUGGUUGGUCGCUGCAUCGAAAUCGGCCUCCCGAUGCUCAUUCUAUUUAUAGCCUUCUCCCAGUACUUGAAGAAUUUUCUUAUAAAACAAGUGCCAAUACUGGAGCGGUUUGCUCUCAUUAUAUCAAUCGCGGUAAUUUGGGCAUAUGCACAUCUCUUGACAGCAAGUGGUGCAUAUAAACAUCGUCCCGAGUUAACCCAAUUGAAUUGCAGAACCGACAAAGCCAACCUCGUUUCUUCUGCUCCAUGGAUAAAGAUUCCUUAUCCUCUUCAAUGGGGUGCUCCUACUUUUGAUGCCGGUCAUUCUUUUGGAAUGAUGGCUGCUGUUUUAGUCUCAUUGAUUGAGUCAACGGGAGCUUACAAGGCUGCUGCACGCCUAGCCAGUGCUACGCCACCUCCGGCUCAUAUUCUUAGCCGUGGUAUUGGUUGGCAAGGCAUUGGGAUCCUUCUGGAUGGGUUAUUUGGAACACUGACUGGUUCAACAGUCUCUGUAGAAAACGUGGGGCUUCUCGGAAGCACUCGUGUUGGAAGUCGCAGGGUCAUUCAAAUCUCAGCAGGCUUUAUGAUAUUCUUUUCGAUGUUAGGAAAAUUCGGAGCUUUGUUUGCAUCGAUACCUUUCACCAUAUUUGCUGCUGUGUAUUGUGUUUUGUUCGGUUACGUUGCUUCCGUGGGGCUUUCGUUCUUGCAAUUUACGAACAUGAACUCCAUGAGAAACCUCUUUAUCGUUGGCGUUGCAUUGUUCUUAGGUUUGUCGGUUCCUGAAUACUUUCGAGAAUACACUGCCAAGGCUCUACAUGGUCCUGCUAGUACCCAAGCUGAAUGGUUCAAUGAUUUCCUUAAUACCAUCUUCUUUUCAUCUCCGACUGUUGCAUUCGUUGUUGCCGUACUCUUAGAUAACUCACUCGACUAUAAAGACAGUGCCAGAGAUAGAGGAAUGCCAUGGUGGGCUAGUUUCCGAUCGUUCAAAGGCGAUGCCCGGAGUGAAGAGUUUUAUACACUCCCUUUCAACCUCAAUCGUUUCUUCCCCCCAUCAUAGAUCAUCAUCGACAACGGUGUUUGGGUUGCUACCAAAAGCGCACUGGCCAUAUGUAUAUCUGACUUGGGUUAUAUAGAUUUAAUCCGAUAUCGAUUCGGUUAUUAAAUUAAAUUCUUUUUUUUAUGUAUGUUGAGUUGCUGCUAGCUCUAACAGUGUUUGCAAAAGUGACUUUGCAAGAACUCUGUCAAUCAAAUGUAGCAAUGCACUUUUUGGCUUGGAGGAAUUCAAUAUCUAAAAUUAAUC